AUGGAACAACAGCAGUCCGUUGCAUUGAAGGAGACAUAUUCUCGCCCAGCUGGAGUAGAACCAUCGAGCUCACAUCUAUUUCGAGCAAAUCAUACCAAACCACCUGAAAUUCCAGUGCGUGUCGGUGCAGGGAGUGUUAAAGCCCCGGAAAUCCCUCCGAAGAAUCUUACCAAACGACCAACCACUAUAGGAGCUUCAAAUAAGGAUGAAAAUAUCCCCAGCACUGGUAUGUUGCUGCCACAACGUGCUGUACCAAAUCGAGCACCACCUGUGCCCCAAAAGUCGGGCAAUGUUAUGCAGGGUAGCGUUAACAACACUAUUCUCCAGCCCUCGUCGCAGCCCGCUGUUUCUAGUGUGGGAAUCGGGGCUUCCGGGGUGACUGUUACAACGGCGGGCUCAUCAUUAAGUGGUGCCGCGAGUACCAGAGUGAGUGAUACGCUGAGUAAAGAGCGCCCGUCUGCAGGCAAAACGGUAAAACCAGCCAAACUUGAAGAUUACGGAUCGGAGGAUGCGCUCCGAGGCAUUGAGAGUGGGUUGCGAAAUGUGGAACGGGCGAUUAAAGAGCAAAUGAGCCUACGAUCCUCGGUGGAAACGGAAGAGCAACACAGCAUCUCACAUCCGGUCAAGUUUGGAAGGCUAGAACUAAUGAGUAAACAUUCCAACUCGAUGGGAUCUGCCACAUCGUUGGACAAUCCAUUCGAAGGACCAGCUACAGUUUCAGGCAUGCCGCAAGGGUUUAAGUUUGAUCGGUUCGAUCAAAAUCCAAAGCAAAUCGGUUUAGAACGUGGGGUAAGCAUGGAGAAACUGCGUUACGAUUCUGGCGGGACCGGAACAUUUCACGACCACAAUACGAAUGGUAUGGAGCACGGCAUAGCACAAAGACCGAUGGAGCAUCAGUUUCGCUCACUAGAUCGUCAUCUGCCACUUGAAUUGCAAUACGGCAACAGCCAACAGCGACAGCGAUCCCAAGAGAUGGAAUUUAUUAAGCAACAGCUUCUUCCUGUAAUCGCUCGAAGUAAGGAAACAAACAGCUUGAACCGUCAGAUGGGACUGUCAAAGGACGAUAUUCGCACAAGGAGGCGUUCGUCGCACGAUGAGAGUCUGUUCUCCAUUAACAAUUCAGCCCCACGCAUGAAGGAGCAAUGGGAGGAUACGAAUCAAUCGGUAAUGCAGCGCAAAACCCAGCUAACCGCAAUGCUCGGUGAUUCUCAAAGAUAUGAAGCAAAGAGACUAGAAAUAGAUGCCUGGUUAAGUAGAAUGGAGACAAUAACUGAACGGAUGGGACCAGUAGCAACGACGGCCGACGUAUUGGACAUUCAGCAGAAGGAGCAAAAGUCGUUUCAUGCGGAGCUGCAUAAAUUUAAUCAUCAAAUUGAAUUAUUCAACCAACUGACCCAAAAACUCAUAUCAGUAUACCAGUGUGACGACACAUCGAGAAUUAAGCGAAUGACCGAAUCAAUCAACCUGAGGUACAAUAACUUAAAUAACUCCAUUAUAUCGAGAGGGAAACAGCUUCACGCCGCCAUACAUUCACUGCAAACAUUUGAUCGUACAUUCGAGCAGUUUCUUGGAUGGCUGAGCGAAGCAGAAUCGCUAUGCGAAAAUACGGAAUCCGAGGUGGAAAGGAAUCCACACUGUUUAAAGGAUUUGCAAUCUGAAAUCGACGCCAACCGGAAAGUAUACGAAGGGCUGGACAGUACCGGACGUAAAUUAUUGCGUUCGCUAACUUCCCAAGAGGAUGCUGUAAUGUUGCAGCACAAGUUGGACGAAAUGAAUCAGCGUUGGAACCAUCUGAACUCUCGAAGUGCUGCGAUCAGGAACCGCCUGGAAUCAAACUCCGACCAUUGGAAUGCUUUACUGCUAUCGUCGCGUGAGCUCACGGAGUGGGUAAUUCGAAAAAAUACCGAACUCACCUCGAUCGGUUUUGGGUCGAUAAAUGGUGAUGCUAACAGCUUACAAAUGCAGCUGGAUGAGCACAAAGCAUUUCGUCGACAGCUUGAUGAUAAGCGGUCAAUAAUCGAGAAUAACCUGAUGAAUGGAAGGCAAUACAUAUCAAACGAAUCGCCCCUCUCGGACACGAGUGAUACUGAAGCUAUUGAUGAAACUAUGUACAUUUCAACCGAGGAACAAAAUCGCAUUCUCGGACGAAGCAUACGCCGGGAGGUAAAUAAGCUGUCGGAACAAUGGACUUUGUUGAUUGAAAGAUGCGACAAAUGGAAGCAUCGAUUAGAUGAAAAUAUAACUAAAAUGCGACAAUUUCAAAAAGUGCUAGAAGAUUUGAGUUCCCGUGUAGCUUCAGCCGAAACAAUAACGCACUCGUGGACAAUUCCUGCUCCGGGAUCAGAUACUACCGAAGAAAUGCAGCAUUUGCAACGUUUAAAAGACAAACUAACUACUGCCAAUGCGCUGCUGGAUGACUGUAACGAACAACAAAACUUUUUCUCUUCCUGCCGAGUAAUUGUUCCCAGUCCGUACUUAGCAAAGCUGGAAGAUAUCAAUACACGAAUGAAGCUUUUACACAUAGCUGUGGAAGAACGGUACAAAAUUUUGCAACAAAGUAAUCAAUCGCAUAUUAUUGCCGACGACGGUAUGAUUGGAGACCAACGCGAGGAAGGUGGAAAAUUUACAAAGCCUCUACACAUUUCUACUGGAGGUUCGACUGUUCCAAAUCUAGAAAAAAGCGUCCAAAUACCGUGGGAACGAGCAGUGACACCUGCCAAUGUGCCUUAUUAUAUCAACCACGAACGUGAAAGCACACAUUGGGAUCAUCCAGAAAUGAUAGAGCUAAUGAAAUCGUUGGCUGAUCUGAACGAAGUCCGAUUUUCUGCGUAUCGAACUGCGUUAAAGCUCCGCACAGUCCAGAAAAGACUUGCAUUCGACCUUUUGAAUAUGAGUGUUGCAAUCGAAAUAUUUGACCGAUACGGUUUGCGUGCACAGAAUGAUAAGCUAAUCGAUAUUCCUGACAUGACAACGAUUUUAAACUCGUUGUACACCACGCUUGAGCCGAUCGAUCGUGCAGUGAUGCUAGAUUUAGCCAUCAAUUGGAUUCUUAAUGUGUACGAUUCUCAGCGAACGGGACAGAUACGGGUACUAAGCUUCAAGGUUGGUUUAAUAUUACUGUGUCGCGGACAUCUGGAGGAAAAAUAUCGUUACCUGUUCCGACUGAUUGCUGAUCUCGAGAAAAAGGUUGACCAACGGAAAAUGGGGCUGCUUUUGCACGAUUGUAUACAAGUACCCCGUCAGCUUGGGGAAGUCGCUGCAUUCGGUGGAUCAAAUAUUGAACCCUCUGUUCGGUCGUGUUUUGAGCUUGCCGGUGGUGUUAGCCAGAGUGGCGAGCUGCUGGAAACAGCAAUUGAAGCGCAACACUUUCUUAGCUGGUUGCAACAUGAACCACAAAGCAUUGUAUGGCUUCCCGUGUUGCAUAGGCUAGUGGCAGCUGAAAGUGCAAAACACCAAGCUAAAUGUAACAUAUGCAAGGAGUAUCCGAUUGAAGGUUUUCGGUACCGCUGCCUAAAGUGUUUCAAUUUCGAUAUGUGCCAAAAAUGUUUUUUUACUGGGCGCAGUACAAAGAAUCACAAACUAAGUCACCCGAUGCAUGAAUACUGUACAACGGCUACAUCAACCGAAGAUGUACGAGAUUUCACAAGAGCACUGAGAAACAAAUUUAAAAGCCGCAAGUACUUUAAGAAACAUCCUCGCGUUGGUUAUCUUCCCGUGCAAAGUGUGCUGGAAGGUGACGCUUUAGAAAGUCCAAUACCAAGCCCGCAACAUGGAACGCACACACUGCAAAAUGAUAUGCAUUCUCGUUUGGAAAUGUAUGCUUCCCGUUUGGCACAAGUAGAAUGUGGGACGCGAUCCAACUCCACACCCGAUAGUGACGACGAGCAUCAGCUGAUUGCACAAUACUGUCAAGCGUUGCCGACAGCAAACACUGCUGCAAAUGCUAUGGGCGGCGGAGGCCCCAAAUCUCCUGUGCAAGUGAUGGCUGCAAUGGAAGCUGAGCAGCGGGAGGAGUUGGAGACAAUGAUCAAGGAACUAGAGGAAGAAAAUGCAAACUUGCAAGCCGAAUAUGAAAAACUGAAGGCAAAGAAAACGAGCACUCCCAUUACUACGCCGGACGAGGGAUACAAAACUCCGACUUCUUCAUCAACUGCUUUACUUUCAUCUGUCACAACAUCUUCCACUGGUGGUUCGGACAUGGUUACAGAGGCCAAGCUGCUUAGACAGCAUAAAGGAAGAUUGGAAGCAAGGAUGCAGAUAUUAGAAGACCAUAACAAACAGUUGGAAGCACAAUUACAACGCCUUCGACAGCUGUUACAUGAGCCAACACCACCCAAGCCUCAAACGCUACAGACCAGAUCCGUAACGGCUUCUCAGCUAAAUACCGAUUCGCCAGCUAAAAUGCAACACAACGGACAUUAUGAUCAGAUGAUUGCAUCUGAAACGAACCAAAAACCAACAUCUUUGUACGGGCCCGUCGGAGGAAACAGUGUGAAUGGGUAUCUUUCAAUGUCUGGCGAUGAAAUGAGACAACGGGAGCAAUACAGUGUCGAUACUUACGAUAAAACUGGCACUGGAGUAGCCGCUGUGACUAACGCCUUUUCGUCGAAUAAACCAAUCGGAUCGGGUGGUGGCGUUGGUAUGAGCAGCGGUGUAAAUGGUAGCGUCUUGUCAUCUGAAUAUGCCAUGGAUGAGCGGCCACCACCGCCACCGCAUUCCAGUUUGUUGCACAUGGCAGACGACCUCAAUAAAGCCGUAGAGGAAUUGGUCCAUAUCAUGACAGCGGAAUCGAAGGAUGAAUUGCACAACGAGAGCACAAAUAUGGGACUACAAUAAACAAUAAGGUAGAUUCGUA